CCGAGGCCUAUCAGGCCCGAAUGCAGACCUUGAUCAAUGAGGCCAAACAACGGUCGGAUGCGGUAGCGGCCGCAGAGAAGAAGAAGGACGGGGAUGUAGAGAAAGCACGCCUGCUGGCGAUCGAACAGAAGCGCCAGCACGACGAGGCAGCAGCAAAGGCUGCCGACGAGGAAUGCAACAUGCGACGCGAGAAGAUAUUCGGAGGAGAGCGAGCCUUGCUCAACAUGGCAGCGGAAUGGCGGUCCGAGGCCGAGGGUGGUCAGCUGGGCAACAACGAACUCCAGAUCGCGCUGUUACUCUCCCACGUCAUGGACCUCCUAGCGACGCGCAUUGCACAACAGGAGGACAUCCAUUCGCUCGACUACGAGGUCAAGCGAGUCAGCAGCCGCUUCAGCAGCUGGAGCAACGACCCGUCGCCACCCCUGUAGCCAGCUCCUCCAACACUUCUGAUCGCCUUGAUGCAUUGGAAGUCGACGUUGGAGCACUCAAGAACGGCGCGGACAGCAAACCGCAACUCAACAACUUGAGCAGCGGAUCUGCGCUGCCGCCGCUAACUCGAGCACAUCACCACGCGAAACGACUCCGAAGUUCGAUGGCCAGGAGAUCUUUUGCGACUCUACGAAGACAGACCCAAUUCCGUGGUUCCGCAAGUUUGAGAUCAAGUUACAGCUCCACCACACCAGCGAGGAGAAGAAACACACGUAUUUGUACUCCCGAUCGGGGGGCCACGUGGUGGUUGGACAAUCUCUUGUCCAAGUACGGGGUGGUGGCUGCCGACUUGUAUACCAAGGUCAGCUGGGAUGAUAUGAAGGCGGCGUGGCAUAAGCGGUUCCAAAUAGAGCCGUCGGAAAUCAAAGCAAUAAACAAAUUGCUGACUUUCCAACAAGGCACGUUGCCGAGCAGCGAUUGGAUUGUCGAGUUCCAACGCUUGGCGUUAACGCCGGAUGUACCCAUAGGCUUUACAGCCAUCAAACACUACUUCAUUACGAGGUCGUGUCCGACACUAUCCAACGCAUUGACUCAUGUUGCAGAGACUCUCACUACAACAGCGGAGCUCUUCGACAAGGCCGCACAUAUUAUUGUCACAAACACAGAGGCCAAGAACCUUCCCCGUUCGUUUGCGGCAGGCCCUAGUAGAGAACAUCAUCGGCCAAAGGUGGUCGUGGUCGUGGUGGCAACGCCGAUUGACCCUUCAAGCGAGGCCUUGUCUGCCAAUAAGGGGGACAGACUCGCAGCCGCCCGGGAUGGUGGCCGCCCCGGCAAAGGCCAAGGACACGACAAAUCGAAGACAAACACCACGUCAAAACCCGGGCCCGGCACAGCAGCUCAAGACCCAUGGAACCACUAUGGUCUCUUGGAGCACGUAUACAAGACCUUGGAGGAUCAUCUGGAGCACCUUCGACGAGUGUUGGAGACGCUCCACUGCGCCAAGUACAAAGUCAACCGCAACAAGUGCAAAUUUGUCCGGCAAGAGCUGGAAUACUUGGGCCAUUUUGUCACACCGGAGGGCAUCAGUCUGUUGUCGGACAAGAUUCAACCCAUCCAAGAGUGGCCGGAGUCGCGGAACGUCACAGAUGUCCGUUCGUUUCUUGGCCUUGCCAGCUACUACCAACGUUUUAUCAAGGGAUACUCGAAGAUCACGGCCCACUUAACCAAGCUUCAAAGCGAGGAUCGGCCGUUCGACUUCGGUGAGGAUGCGCGGGGUUCAUUUUUGGCCCUCAAAGCCGCAUUAUUAUCCGCGGAGAUCUUGCGCAUUUACAACCCGCUAUUGCCAACGCGCGUCACUACUGAUGCAUCCGGCUAUGGCAUUGGCACCGUCCUCAAACAACACGAUGGCGUGCACUGGCACCCGGUCGAGUACUUCAGCAAGAAAGUGUCGGUCGUGCACUCAAUCGAUGAUGCACGAAAGAAGGAGCUCCUAGCCUUCGUCCACGUGCUCAAGCGGUGGUGGCAUUUUCUCCUUGGUCAAAGCCAAUUCCGAUGGGUGACGGAUAACAAUCCGUUGGUCUUCUACAAGACCCAAGAAACGGUCAACAACACCAUCGCCCGUUCGAUGGCUUUCAUCGACCAAUUCGACUUCUUUCCCGAUCACAUUCCGGGGAAGUCUAACCGUUUUGCGGAUGCUCUUUCACGGUGUCCGGAUCAUUGUAUUGCAGUCUAUUUGACCUUCGAGAUCGACGACGACCUGUGGGACAGCUUCAUCCACGACUACCAAGUCGACCCCGAGUUUCGCGACAAGGGAGGAGAAGAUGGACGAGGUGGAGGAGAUGGAGUAGGAGAUGGAGGAGGAGAUGGAGGAGGAGAUGGAGUAGGAGAUGGAGGAGGAGAUGAAGUGGCCGAAGAUGGAGUAGGAGAUGGAGUAGGAGAUGGAGUUGGAGAUGGGGUAGGAGAUGGGCUAGGAGAUGGAGGAGGAGAUGGAGUAGGAGAUGGAGGAGAUGGAGGAGGAGAUGGAGUAGGAGAUGGAGGAGAUGGAGUAGGAGGAGACGGAGUAGCAGAUGGAGGAGGAGAUGGAGUAGGAGGAGAUGGAGGAGGAGAUGGAGUAGGAGAUGGAGAAGGAGAUGAAGUGGGCGGAGAUGGAGUNAGAUGGAGGAGGAGAUGGAAUGGAAGAGGAGAUGAAGUAGGAGGAGAUGGAGUAGGAGAUGGAGGAGGAGGAGGAGGAGGAGAUGGAGUAGGAGAUGGAGGAGGAGAUGGAGGAGGAGAUGGAGGAGGAGAUGGAGUAGGAGGAGAUGGAGUAGGAGGAGAUGGAGUAGGAGGAGAUGGAGUACGGGAUGGAGUAGUAGAUGUACGAGGAGAUGGAGGAGGAGAUGGAGGAGAAGAUGGAGGAGGAGAUGGAGGAGGAGAUGGAGGAGGAGAUGAAGGAGGAGAUGGAUUAGGAGGAGAUGCAGUAGGAGAUGCAGUAGGAGAUGGAGGAGGAGAUGGAGUAGGAGGAUAUGGAGUAGGAGAUGGAGUAGGAGAUGGAGUGCAUGGAGAUUGAGGAUGACAUGGAGGAGGAGAUGGAGUAGGAGAUGGAGGAGGAGAUGGAGGAGGAGAUGGAGUACGAGAUGCAGGAGGAGAUGGAGUACGAGGAGAUGGAGGAGGAGAUGGAGGAGGAGAUGGAGGAGGAGAUGGAGUAGGAGAUGGAGGAGGCCCUGUGGACUUUCCACAGCGGGUGGGACACGAGGGCCAUGCAGGAUCUGUGGGAGGCCCUAUGGACUUUCCACAGCGACGACCCGCGAUAUUGGCCAAAGGCUGCUCAGCACUGGUGGGACCCGUUCGCUACCACCGACG